AUGAUCUGUACCGCACACACACGAGAACGCAUCACCACGAAGCAAAAGCUGCGCACACACAAGAACUGCUUCGUGGGGAGCGAGUUUGUGGACUGGCUGGUGGUCAACCGACGAGCCAAGACGAGGGCCGAAGGCGCGAGCCUCGCCCAGCAGAUGUUCCUCCAAAAGCUCAUUUCGAGCGACUCGCAGUUCGAAGACAAGAAGGGCCUCUACCGCUUCUUCGGCGGCGACGGCAACUUCUCGCCCGUUUCUUCGCCCACCGUCGCCCCGCACGAGCCCUUCCCCGAAGACGAUGGGGACGAUGAGCUGGACCAGCUGUACCCCUACAUGGUGGCGGAGAUCGAGGCCAAGAGCCGGAAGGACUUCGAGAACAAGACCCACAAGAACUGCUUCGUCGCCACCCAGGCGGUGGACUGGCUCAUGAAGAACCGGCAUCGCGCCAUGACCAACGACCAAGCGCUCGAGCUGGCCGAGAAGUUGAGGCAGAAGGGCUACAUCAAGUGGGUGGGACGCAAGACCAAGAAGAUAUCCAUCUCCGGGCCGAUGUCGUCGCCGCAGGCUGUCGCGGCGGCCACGGCAGUGGCGGGUCCACCCUUCGAGGACGACGACUCCUACUACGUCUUCGAGAAGAAGAGCACCAACCGCUCCAGCAAACGAGGCAAAUAA